CGAAAAUCAAUACCCCUUCAAGAGCCACGAAACAAGCCAUCGCCAUCUCCUUGCCGAUUAUCACUAUCAAGACAAAAGAGUUGCGGCACGAUGCUCCCCUCAUUACUCUUCGCGUCGGCGCUGGUCGCCUCCACCCGGGCUGCCCCCGCAUAUCCCAAGUUCGACGCAGCCUCUAGCGCCCCGGACGACAUCCGUGCCCUCUCCGACUACUUCAACCUCCUAGCCUCCAAGGUUCACGACAGUCGGAUACUGGACGUCGCACCGGUCUGCGAUCUCUCCCAAGUCCCACAGCCAGCAGGUGCCGCCGACCUCCCGUCGCCGUCAGCCGGCCUCAGCCUGCGCCACAUCGCGAUCGGGCGGGGCACGCAGAACUACACGUGCGACGGCGCCACGCCGGACGCGGCGCCGCAGGCGGCUGGCGCCGUGGCGAUGCUCUUCAACGCCUCGUGCCUGGUGGCGACCAGCGCGGACCUGGCGGCGGCCCUGACGCGGGCGGCGCUGCGGUUCGACGUGGCGCAGAGCCGGGCGGCCGGCGAGCGCCUGGUGCCGUCGGACCUGCCGCUGAGCGGGCUGCACUUCUUCGCCGACGCCACCACGGCGCUCUUCAAGCUCGACGUGUCGCCGGCCGUGCAGCUGGGCGAGCUGCCGUGCGGCAAGAACGCGAGCGUGCCCGCCCCGCCCGCCGACGCCGCCGCCUCCAGGGGCCUGCAGGGCGAGCCGCCGGUGCCCUGGCUCAAGCUCACCGCCAAGCCCGGCGCCACCGGCGGCCUGCAGGAGGUCUUCCGCUUCCAGACCGUCGGCGGCAGCCCGCCCGCCACCUGUCGCGGCAUGCCGGAGGAGUUCCAGGUCGACUACGCUGCACAGUGAGUUCCCCCCUCCCCUCCCCUUGCUGUUCGCAGUUGUCGUAAAUGAAGAAGAGGGUUUUAACGGAUAUGGGAAUAGAUACUGGUUCUAUGCCAAGUAAAAACGUCGCUAGGGAGACUGGAAGACAAAGAAAAAAAUAAAGAUAAGGCUCGGGAGGCUGUACAUACAUAUCAUCAUUUUUUUUAACGGAAGACAUAGUCAUUGAUGCAUGGGUGCGGGCGUUCCGGUGCUGGGAUAUUACUCGGGGUACGGGGUACUCAAUGUUUUAUCUUUAACUAGAAUCUAGCGCUUCUGUUCGGGUUAAGCGAGUCUGCCUGGGGCAAUGAAGCAGCCGGAGGGGUCGCAGGUUCAACCUCGGGUUGGAGAAACUGUUGCGCACUUGCUGCGUCUUGCACAUAUUAGUGUAGUCGAUACAACAGAAAGUACAUACAAAUCUGGAUCUCAACCGUCCUGGGCCAUGGGAAGUGUAGACUAAUUAAUUAGCACCUUAC